CCUUCUUCUUCUUUGACUAAUUAAACUUCUUUUUUUUUUCUUCUAUUCCUCAGAGAAACUCUUUUUAAAGAACGUUUUCGAACAUAUCCUUUACGUUUCACUGAUGAAUCAGAAAAUUCUGAAUGCGUUUCGCUUCGUUAUGUGAUGUCGACUGAAUUUGAGUAGAUGAAUAAAUCUCUUGUUUGAAAAGCUUUUAUCAGUAUUCGGAAAAGGUGAAAUUGAGAAUUAUGAAGAGUGUAGUAACUGCUAAUGGAGUGAACAAUGGUGUGAAGGAGAUUUCAAAGGCGACGAGUCUCAGCAGUGGCUCAUCAGAUUUAGAAGAAGAGAGUAGUGUGGAAUGUGUGAAGCGAGUGUCUAACAAAACACGGAAACGCUCUAAAGCUGAUGAGUUCAAAGCGAAAUCUUCAAGAAAGAAGAGACGAGUAGGCAGUGGUGGUGGUGAUGAUGAAUGUGAGGAGAAAGAGAAGAAGCAGAGGAGCUCUGUCAAAAGGAAAGCUAAAGAAGAAGUAGUAGUAGAAGAAGUUGUUGAUGAUGAAAAGAAGAAUCUUGAACAAAAACUCCAAGUUGUUCCUUUCACCAAGGCAACAUCUCGUAGCAGGAGCAAGAAUUCGGAUAUUGCAGAUGUUUGGUUUCUUGGUAACGAGAUAGAUGUUGUUAGCGCUUCCAGUUCGCGUUCUGACUCUGAACUCUUGGAUUCUCAUCUGAAAAUUGAGUAUUGGAAUGACUGCAGAAGCAUGACAAGGAAUCUUAAGGCAGAUUUGGGAGAUCUUGCAAUUUGCCAUCAAUGCUCUCAAGGGGAAAAAAGAUAUCUCUUCGUUUGCACUUUUUGUGAAGAGAGGUUGUACUGUCUUCCAUGUAUAAAGAAGUGGUAUCCCCAUAUGACCAAGGAUGAUGUCAUAGACAAAUGUCCCUUUUGCCGCAGAACUUGCAAUUGCUCCUCAUGUUUGCAUUCGAGUGGAUUAAUCGAGACAUCAAAGAGAAAGCUCAACAACGACGAAAGAUUUUAUCAUCUUCAAUACUUGAUUGUAUCAAUGCUUCCUUUCCUGAAAAGGUUUUGCAAAGCACAAGAUCAAGAAAUCCAAACCGAGGCAAAGGUUCAAGGAGUAGUGGCUUCACAAGUUGAUAUAUCCGAGUCUCUAUGCUCAAAUGAAGAGCGCGUCUUCUGUAAUCACUGUGCAACUUCAAUUGUCGACUUGCAUAGAAGCUGUACAAAGUGCUCUUAUGAGCUUUGUCUGAAUUGUUGCGAAGAGAUCCGUGGAGGAGGGCUUUCACAACGCCCGGAAGUCAAGCUACAAUUCGAGAAUAAAGGGAGCAGAUAUAUGCAUGGCGAAGAUGCAGAACCAAGCUCUUCUUCUUUUUCUGAGGAUGAAACUAAUAAUAUUACAUCCAUUAAGUGGAAUGCUGAUGAAAAUGGAAGCAUACCCUGUGCGCCAAAAGAGCUAGGCGGUUGCAGUGAAUCUGUGUUGGAGCUUAAGAGAAUCCUACCAGUGACUUGGAUGUCAAAUUUGGAGCAUAAGGCAGAAACAUUCUUAGCCUCUUAUAUUAUGGAUCCGACAAAGUCAUAUUGUAGAUGUUCUUCAGAUUUGGAGGAGAGUAUGAAGAGGAAGGCAGCUUCGAGGGACGGAUCCAAUGACAAUUACCUUUACUCUCCUGAUUCUUUUGAUGUCCUGAUGCAAGAAGAGCUUCUACAUUUCCAAGAGCAUUGGUCCAAAGGUGAACCAGUGAUCGUUCGAAACGCUCUUGACAUCACAGCUGGUUUAAGCUGGGAGCCAAUGGUGAUGUGGCGGGCUUUAUGUGAGAAUGUUGAUUCACCAACUAGCACUAACAUGUCUGAUGUCAAAGCUAUCGAUUGUUUAGCUAACUGUGAGGUGAAGAUCGAUACUCGAUGUUUCUUUGAAGGAUACAGCAAAGGAAGAACAUAUGCUAACUUCUGGCCUGAGAUGCUGAAGCUUAAGGAUUGGCCUCCUUCAGACAAGUUUGAAAACCUUUUACCUCGUCACUGCGAUGAGUUCAUUUCAGCAUUACCGUUCCAAGAAUAUAGCGAUCCUAGAUCCGGAAUCCUCAACAUUGCUACAAAACUUCCCGAAGGAAUCCUUAAACCAGAUCUUGGUCCAAAAACCUACAUUGCAUAUGGGACUUCAGAUGAGCUUGGUAGAGGCGAUUCAGUCACUAAGCUUCACUGUGAUAUGUCAGAUGCAGUUAAUAUUCUGAUGCAUACGGCUGAAGUAACAAUAACUGAGGAGCAACGAGCUGCAAUCGAAGCUCUGAAACAGAAACACAAGCAACAGAAUGAGAAAGAGCUUCAGGAGCAAAAUGGUUCAGAGGGAAAAGAGAUUGUGAGUUAUGAGAAUGGGUAUCAUGAUGAAAUUGGAGGUGCACUUUGGGACAUAUUUAGAAGAGAAGAUGUUCCUAAGCUUGAAGAGUAUCUAAGGAAGCAUUGCAAAGAAUUCAGACAUACUUUUUGCUCUCGUGUGAAAAAGGUGUAUCAUCCUAUACAUGACCAAUAUUGUUUCUUGACCGUGGAGCACAAAAGAAAACUCAAGGCGGAAUUUGGGAUUGAGCCAUGGACAUUUGUGCAAAAGUUAGGAGAAGCAGUGUUUAUUCCCGCUGGUUGUCCUCAUCAAGUUCGGAAUCUCAAGUCGUGCACAAAGGUAGCUGUUGACUUUGUUUCCCCAGAGAACAUAGAUGAGUGUCUCCGUUUGACUGAUGAGUUUCGACAACUCCCUAAGAACCACAAAGCUAGAGAAGACAAGCUUGAGAUAAAGAAAAUGGUGAUCUACGCAGUGGAACAAGCUUUGAAAGAAGUGGAGACAUUAUUGGCAGAUCUCAACUAAAAAAGCUUCUCUAUGGCUUUGUUGUUGUUGUAGGAUUGACAGCAGAUUUUUUUUGUAGGAUGAUUGUAAAGCCAUGGCUAUUUGUAGUUGGCUUUUGCUGUUGUGAUGCAUAUAUGUAACAUGCGUCUCUUGAAACCAAUGAUUCCUUUUUUCAAAUGGGUAUUUUGAUGUAACUUUUUGAAUUGGAGGAGGCCAUUAGGUUUUUUUGGCAGAUGAAUA